GUAGCAGCUUAUAUUCCAUUGGGGGAGAAACACUCCAAUAUCUCUUGUCCGUCGUCUUCCUUACAAACUGAAUCCUCCAAUCGACGAAAACCUACAGACAAACAGUUAAAAGAGGACACACACACAUACCCCAAAAGCAAUCCAAAAAAAAAAAACCAGUGGGAUGCAGACUUCAUCAGAAUCGACCAGUCCGCAGGAAAUCCCGAAGCUGCCGAUCGCUCCCAGAGUCAAACACUUGGCCUCCAACAACAAGCCCAUCGAUUAUCCCAGCCUCUACCGCCAGAGUUUGGAUCAGUCCGACCAGUUUUGGGACCAGCAAGCAAAAGAGACUCUCAGUUGGAGUAGGCCUUACACAUCGAUCUACCAGGGAGACUUCCAGAACGGCAACGUGGCCUGGUUCCGAGACGGUGGUUUGAAUGCCUGUUACAACUGUCUCGACCGAUGGGCGAUCAAAGACCCCAACCGAACGGCCAUCAUCUGGGUCGCUGAUGAAGAUCAAGAUAGUAUCGAACUCACUUACAAGGAAGUCUUCGAGGAAGUUUGCCGUUUGGCUAAUGUCUUGAAAUCCUUUGGAGUCAAGAAAGGAGAUACAGUCGCCAUUUACUUACCGAUGAUUCCAGCUGCCGCCAUAGCGUUUUUGGCAUGUGCCAGGAUCGGUGCGAUUCAUUCGGUAGUUUUUGCAGGCUUUUCGGCGGAUUCACUACGAGACCGAGUGGUGGAUGCCCGAUCGCGAGUGGUGAUCACAUCUGACGAGGGCAAACGUGGGGGGAAGACAAUCCCGACGAAGCGGAUCGUGGACGAAGCAUUGGAUGGGAUUGCGCGUGGAUUGGGUGAGCAUGUAGUGGAGAAGGUGAUCGUCUAUUCCCGGACAGGCUCGCGAGUGCCGAUGAAGGAGGGCCGGGACGUCUGGUGGAACGAGGUCUGUCAGCUUGCCCGGCCCUUUUGUCCCAUCGAAAUCAUGGACAGCGAGGACCCGCUUUUCAUCUUAUAUACCUCCGGGAGUACCGGCAAACCCAAGGGUUUGAUCCAUACCACUGCUGGUUACCUUCUGGGUGCAGCCUUGACGCUCAAACACGUCUUCCAGGUUCAGGAGGGCGACCGGUUUGCUUGCAUGGCUGACGUUGGAUGGAUCACCGGUCAUACGUAUAUCAUAUAUGGACCUCUUGUGAAUGGGGUUGCCACGACGAUCUUCGAGUCGACGCCGAUAUACCCCACCCCAUCGCGGUACUGGCAGACCGUGGCUAAAUACCGGUUCAACCAAUUUUAUACUGCCCCGACCGCUAUCCGAUUGUUGAAGAAACUAGGGGCCUCGUAUCUUGACGGUCACGACUUGAGCUCGUUGAGAGUGAUCGGAACCGUGGGUGAGCCGAUUAACCCCGAUGCGUGGCAAUGGUACAAUGAUCAUGUAGGGAAGAAUGAAUGUGCGGUGGUGGAUACCUACUGGCAGACUGAAACAGGCUCGAUCAUUAUCACUCCCCUAGCGAGCUCGACUGAAACUAAGCCAGGCUCAGCCACCUUACCAUUCUUCGGGAUCGAGCCCACCCUGCUGGAGCCGACGACCGGGAAGAUCAUCGAGGGCCCAGGAAGCGGGGUCUUAGCGCUUAAGAGGCCUUGGCCCUCAAUGGCCCGGACCAUCUACGGCGAUCACAAGCGAUACCUCGACACUUACUUCAAACCGUACCCAGGCUAUUACUUCACUGGUGAUGGAGCCGGACGGGACUCGGACGGAUACUACUGGAUUAAGGGUCGGGUAGAUGAUGUUUUGAACGUGUCCGGACAUAGAUUGUCGACCGCUGAAGUUGAAGCCGCCAUAGCCCAGCAUCCAUGGAUAGCUGAAACGGCUGUUGUAGGGGCACCUGAUGAGACGACGGGCCAAUCGAUCUAUGCUUUCGUGAUUCUUAAAGUAGAGCAUCAUCAGCUCCAUAGUACCGAGCAAGAGGAUCAGUUGAGGAAAGAGCUCGCCUUGCUCGUCCGGAAAUCUAUCGGUCCCUUCUCGAAUCCUAAGAAGAUCGUCAUCGUCAGCGAUUUACCUAAGACUAGAUCUGGAAAGAUUCUGAGGAGGGUACUGAGGAAGAUCGUUUCCAACGAGGUCGACAGUUUGGGCGACUUAUCCACACUCUCUGACCCCAGCGUGGUCGAAGAAAUCGUUCACAAGAUUUCCGCAUCUUCUUCUUGAGCUUCUUGAGCACUGACGUUUCAUUCAAUUGUUUCAUUGUUUCUUAUAGUUUCUUUUUUGGUUGCUUCUUGUGUUUGUUGUCUAUAUCUCACGUAUGUGCUUGCUGGUUGUUGGACUGUGUUUGAAGUGACUGCUGCGCUUGAUGUUACCUGAGUUGAAUGCAUGUAUAGCGGUCGUCUGAUCGGGCUUCCCGUAACUAUUUUCCCGAACUUUGAAGACAAGACGUUUGUCCAGUCUGCCGUUGGAAGCUGUUGAAACCUUG